AUGGAAGCAAUAAUGAGGAGUGAGUGUGCGAAGCGUGUGAGUCGAGAGUUGGCCGUGGUGAUUGCCGCGUUUUUUGACAAGCAGGGCAAACUGGCGACCACUGAUGGGUGCACUUUUCAUCGGGUGACAGUUGAGAUUCCAGCUGGCCUGACUGAAACAAGUCGGGUUACUGAAGCAAGUCGGGUUACUGAAGCACAGAGUGGUGGUGGAGUGCUCCCGAGUAGGGAGGUGGAGUUGAUUGUGGCAUUGGAGAAGCAACCAGCGGCGUGGUUUGGUUGGUGCUCUCGAAUGACGAGGGUUAGUCCUGACGAGAUUGCCCUCUUUUCGCCCGACUUCGACUGGUUCAGAGACCCGAACAAGGUGCAACUCGCGGCCAGAUCGGAGUUGAACGCGGGGGUUGAUGAUGUGGUGUUGGACCGGUUCGUGGAGUUCGCAUGUCGUAACAUACUUUGUCACCAGCCCGGCAAUGUGAGCAAAGAGGUGCAAGUCCAGCUUGCAGCCGAAGUGGCAGGCGAGUUUGGUAUCCAGCUGAAGGAGAUAGUGACCACAGACGACACGGAACGCGGUACUAGAAAUGGCACGGAAGCUGCGACAGGAAGUGGCACGGAAGCUGCGAUAGGAAGUGGUACGGAAGCUGCGAUAGGAAGUGGGACGGAAGCUGGAAUGAACAGGCUGAGUGCCGUUGAGGAGAAGGUCCCGAACCACCAAGUCUCGGGGUUGAAGGUGUCCUCGUCUGUUGAAGUGCCUGAACAGGAGUACUGGAUCAACGAGCGUCGUUGGGCGGCAACACACAAAAAUGAAGCCAGUAUUCGUCGGUGGUCGACCUGGACAAAAGGUGGCUCCAUGAGUGGUUUCCUUCAGGGCUGCGGAAGAGCUUUGACCUGCCGACGUCCAGGUCACCUUCAGCUCGAAGAACAAGUCGACGAACCGCUUGAGGAAGUGACAAGCCGGCUGCAUACUGGUCGCGGGCUGCAUACUGGCCGCGAGCUGCAUACUGGCCGCGAACCGAUCUAUCGAGAGUUCGUUUGA